UUUUGUCAGUCCGUCUCUCUUCCUUCUUCCCUAUUUUUGUUCUAUUCUCCUAAGCACUUCUCAACUCUCCCUCCAUUACUGUUCAGAUUCCACAUAUUCUUGUCAAUCACAUUUCGCAUAUACGAAGAUGUUGCAAGAUAUGUGGAAUGCACCCCCAGGUUUCAGACCCACCAAGUCGGCUCCAUCUUCUCCGGCCAAACCCCUUGGAGUCUCCAGAACUCGUUCCGAAUCCUUUCACGUUGCCCACAAAGUCCCCAUUGGCGACAGCCCUUAUGUUAGAGCCAAAAAUGUUCAAUUGGUCGAAAAGGAUCCGGAAAGGGCGAUUCCAUUGUUUUGGGCAGCUAUUAACGCAGGAGACAGAGUUGAUAGUGCUCUCAAAGAUAUGGCAAUUGUAAUGAAGCAACAAAAUAGGGCUGAAGAAGCCAUUGAAGCUGUUAAGUCUUUGAGAACUAGGUGUUCAGAUCAAGCACAGGAAGCUCUUGACAAUAUCCUUUUGGACCUAUAUAAGAGAUGUGGAAGAUUGGAUGACCAAAUAGUCCUGUUGAGGCACAAAUUGUUUUUGAUACAACAAGGUUUGGCCUUUAAUGGAAAGCGUACGAAGACUGCGAGAUCCCAGGGGAAGAAGUUUCAGGUUUCUGUGGAGCAAGAAGCAACUAGAUUACUGGGGAAUUUAGGGUGGGCGCUGAUGCAACAAAAUAACUACAUUGAAGCUGAGGAUGCUUAUCGUAGGGCACUAGUGAUUGCACCAGACAACAACAAAAUGUGCAAUUUGGGCAUCUGCUUGAUGAAACAAGGGAGAGUAGGUGAGGCAAAAGAGACACUUAGGAGAGUUAAACCAGCGGUGAUAGAUGGCCCCAGAGGUGUAGAUUCUCAUCUCAAGGCCUACGAAAGAGCACAGCAGAUGCUCCGCGACCUCGAGUCUGAAAUGAUGAAUAAAGGUGGUGAUAGAAUUGAACAAAGGAAACUGUUUGAUGCCUUCUUGGGCUCUUCUGCUAUCUGGCAGCCUCAGCCUUGCAAGGAACAUACUACUAGCACUUUGAGUAAACCUACCAAGUUAAGCCAGCCUCAAGAUGAAUUUGCUAAUGAGAACAUCAAUUCUACUAACAUCAUCAGAAACCAGACAGCUCCUUCUCUGCAAAAGAGUAUGAACCCAAAUAUUUCGUAUGGGAAUCUACUCAAUAUCGAUGCUCCACCAUUUUAUUCGACCAAGACUACGAAUGAACCAGCAAAUGUCCCGAUUCCAGAGAGUCUUAAGAGAACAAGAUCUGGAAACGCAACUCAACUAAUGAGAAACGAGUCCCUUGGGACAAUCAUCAGUGAACCAGAAAAUAAGAUGAGAAAGCAGUCAAUUUCACCAGAGAAAACAGAAAACAUAUGGGCAGGAUUGCUGCCAGAUAGCAAGGAUUUUGAAGAUGCUAUAAUUGCAGCCGCUCUGGGAUCAAAUCAGGAAACAUUCAAGCCUGAAGGAAGCAAAGAUACUGGAAUCCUUCCAAGGAAAGUUGAGAAAAGAUUGAGGGUUUUUCAAGACAUUACUUUGUCGAUGAGUCCACGAGCUUGACUAACUUUAUUUAUUUAUUUAUUUUAGCUAUAUGAUUAGUAGGUCUAAUUUCCCUUUUAAAUUACGGUAACAUCAUUGAUUUUUAACUAUCAUCGGAGAUAAACUUGUUCUCCUUUACUCCAUACUUCCUCAAGAAGGUGGUUAUGUGGUAACACCCUAAUGUCUUUAGGCAGCGUCUAAUUAUUGAUAUUGUUGGUGCCUAUGGCAAUUAUUCUUCAAUAAAAAGUUAUUUCUUCUUUUUCA